AUGGCUGUGGGAUCUAGGGCGGUGGUCACAGCUCUUGCUGGUGCCGCAUUACUUGCUGUUGUAGUUCUAUAUACUUCCCGGGAUCAGAUCGGAUACACAAAGAACACCAUCAUGCGGAUGAUUUCAAGUGAAGGGACUGGGAGAAACCCCCCGGAGUACACAUGCAGUAAGAUUGAGAGGAAGGGCAGCUGGCACAUUUGUAACGAUGGAACCUUUAACGUCAAGCCACCGUGUCUUGUCUACUCCUUUGGGAUUUGGAAAGACUGGUCGUUUGAUGAUGCAAUGGGAAACGUUGGCUGUGAAGUUCAUUCUUUUGAUCCAAGUAUUGGGAAGGCGUCAUUCAAUAGAAGCAAGAAUGUCCACUUCCAUGACCUUGGCCUCUCUGGGAAAGACAGCGACACGUACGUUCCUACUAAGGACAUAUACGUUAACAAGACAACAACAUGGAAGAUCAGACGCCUCAAAACCAUCAUGGAGAUGCUUGGACAUACAAAAAGACACCUUGAUAUUCUGAAGAUUGACAUAGAAACAAGCGAAUGGCCGGCGGUGAAGGACAUUGCGGCAUCUGGACUUUUCUCCAAAGUCAGACAGUUUGCUGUGGAGUGGCAUCUAUUUCCGACAUAUCCAAACAAAUCUGAAUACAUAGGCUUUUAUGCAGGCGUCAUAGCCAUGAAGAAGCAGGGAUUACGGACGUUCAGAGAAAAAUUUAAAAGCAGAAACUACGCCGAGAAGACGUUCCAUCUCCAGGCAGAUGUUAACUAUGUUAACAUGUUAUAUAAAGGUAUUUGAAUGUCACCUCUCUUCCUAAUAUGUCUCUGUCAAAUAAUGUAAUGCAUACCUGUUCUCAUACGUGUUUGCUCACUGUCACUUCACGCGA